GGGGAGGGGCGGGACGGCGUCGCGCAGGGCCUCGCCGGCUUCCCCGGGUCGGCCGGGCCCGCUCUGCGGAGGAUGGCGCUGGUCGGGGCCGCCGAGGCCGAGACCCGGACUCUGAAGCCGUGUGUGCUGCGCCGCAACCACAGCCGCGAGCAGCACGGCGUGGCGGCCUCGAGCCUCGAGGAGCUGAGGCGCAAGGCCUGUGACAUUCUGGCCAUUGAUAAGUCCCUGGCACCAGUCACCCUGGUCCUGGCAGAGGAUGGCACCAUCGUGGAUGAUGACGAUUACUUCCUGUGUCUGCCUUCCAAUACUAAGUUCGUAGCGUUGGCCAGUAACGAGAAGUGGACAUACAACAAUUCAGAUGGAGGCACAGCCUGGAUUUCCCAAGAGUCCUUUGAUGUGGAUGAGACAGACAGUGGGGCAGGGCUGAAGUGGAAGAAUGUGGCCAGGCAGCUGAAGGAAGAUCUAUCCAGCAUCAUCCUCCUGUCGGAGGAAGACCUCCAGGUGCUCAUCGAUGUUCCGUGUUCAGACCUGGCUCAGGAACUUUGCCAAAGUUGCAUCACAGUGCAGGGGCUCCAGGACACUCUCCAGCAGGUUCUUGACCAGAGGGAGGAAGCCCGUCAGUCCAAGCAGCUCUUGGAGCUUUACCUCCAGGCUUUGGAGAAGGAAGGCAGCAUCCUGUCAAAGCAGCAAGCGUCCAGCGGCAACCUCAGCGACGAGGUGGAUGCGGGCGACACGGGCAGUAACGGCGAGAGCACCUCCGAGAGCGCACUCGCGAGCCAGGUCCUCGCCGCGCUGAAGGAGAAGCCGGCCCCGGAGCUGAGCCUGUCCAGUCAGGAUUUGGAGCUGGUCACCAGGGAAGACCCCCGGGCGCUGGCCGCUGCCCUGAGCUGGGGCCUCGGGAAGACGGAAGCCGUGCAGCAGGCCUGUCGCCAGGAGCUCAGCCUGCGCCUCCAGCAGGUGCAGAGCCUGCGCUCCUUGCGGAGCAUGUCGGCGAGGAGCCCGCGGCCCGCACAACCGCAGGAGCCCAAGCGAGCCAGGAGGGAGCCCACGUAGCCACAGCUGGGAGGCCCGUGACCUUGUUUUAUUUUCCAUAAACCCCUUGUGCCUGGAUCUCCCAAGCUGCUGCGUCACGGUGCGACCCUGACCCCGACCCCUGCCUCACCCGCUCUCCUGCAAGUGGCCAGACACCAGCCUCCCGCCGCCCGGAGAGCCCUCCGCCUGCCCUGGAUGCUCAGCUGCGGCAACAGCGCCCCACGCCUUCCCAGGGCACCUCGCGUCCUCCGUUGGACAGAAGCUGUAAGCGCAGUGGAGAGAAAGGGCCGUGUUUCAGGCUCCCCGUCCUUGUUCUGAAGCCAGAGCUGCAGAAUGUCAGACACAAAUCAUGGUGGAGAAGGUGACGUAACAGAGUUGGUUUACAGCCGCAAACUUGUUUCUCCAGGAGUUUCUCGGUUUGUGUAAAGGCGCGUAUUAAGUCUGCAGACCUAGGGACACAGGGAGAGUGUGGUUCGCCAUUUCCAAUUGUGAGAUUAUGUCUGUUGCCGGUUGUCUACUCUGUUUUAUCGGCCCCUGGGAGGAAAGGUCAUUAAAUUGAUCUCCAUGCGAUACGACUGUGUGUGUCUCUGGGUGCAGAGCAGAGGCUUCUGGUCCAUAUACAUCCUGUUCCUGUACAGACUUGUUCUUAGGGUUUCGUACACCGAUUUGGAACAGAUUUUCAACAUCUCCAUCUUUGCCCCACGAAUCAAAAAUACUGGCUGGGGUUAGUCUGUCCGGUACACUGCAGAGCUUCAGUCGGCAGCUCGGGCGACGCCGAGCAGAGCGGCAAGCCCAGCCCGCAGCUGAAACGGUUAAACGAAGCGGCUGAGGAAGAUCCGAGUACCUGGCACGGAGCAGGUCCCCUCAGCUCCCCAGGGGCGGCGCGGAGCAGGAGCAAGACAGCUGCGGAGGCUCCCGUCUGGGUCCAUGAGGCGAAGACCUUAGUCUGCAAACUCCAGCCAAGUGCGUAGCGUGCACAGCUGCAGACGCAUUAUGUUGCCCCUGGUGCCGUUUACCUUCCCAGUGCCCGUGCCUCCAGGCCUUCUAGAACAGAAACGUAGCAGCACAGCAAUAUAUCUACAAAUAGGAGAGCGAGCAGGGCAGCCUGCCCUUCUCUCUCAGGAGAGGAGAACGUCCAAGGAACCAGCGGGGACUAAUGAGCUCCGCAUUAGCCGUCUUCCAUUCCUCCGACUCCAGUCAAAUGUCGGUCCCCAUUAGGCAAUUGGCUUUGACAGGAGCUGUGCUAAUUACCACUUACCAACCUCUAAUUUCUGGGGAAAAGCAAAAGGAAAAAAAAAGCGAAUGGGUUUUCAUUUUUCAGAGAGAAGGGAUAAAAUAAUAGUAGUCUGGGAAAAGAAAACCUGCAUUAGUUACAAAAAUGAUUAAUGUGCCUUUACUAACCAGAUUGAUUGUUUAGCUGUUUUAUUUCUUAGUCAUCCACAAAAAUUUUUUCUUUUUUCCUUCAGGGUUUUUCUCCAUUCUAUUUUAUAUGUAGGGUUUUGCCUUAAAUUAUCUCAGCUGUGUCUUGUAUUACUUGAAGUUUUUUUUUAAAAGAUUUAUUCAUAGAGGCAGAGACACAGGCGGUGGAAGUUUUUUUUAAAAAGAUUUAUUCAUAGAGGCAGAGAGAGAGAGGCAGAGACACAGGCGGAGGGAGAGGCAGGUGCCAAACCACUGAGCCACCCAGGGAUCCCCUGUAAAAUCUUUUUUUUUUUUAUUUUUUUUUUUAUUUUUACGAUAGUCAUACAGAGAGAGAGAGAGGCAGAGACACAGGCAGAGGGAGAAGCAGGCUCCAUGAACAGGGAGCCCGACGUGGGAUUCGAGCCCAGGUCUCCAGGAUCGCGCCCUGGGCCAAAGGCAGGCGCCAAACCGCUGCGCCACCCAGGGAUCCCUGUAAAAUCUUUUUUAAAAGAACACACUUUGGGAUGCCUGGGUGGUUCAGCCGUUUAGCGCCGCCUUCAGCCCAGGGCGUGACCUCGGUGUCCUGGGAUCAAGUCCAUGUCGCUCUCCCUGCAGGGAGCCUGCUUCUCCCUCUGCCUGUGUCUCUGCCUCUCUAUGUGUCUCUCAUAAAUAAGUAAAAUAUUUAAAAAUAAUAAUAAAAAGUAAAAGAACACACUUUGCAGUCACAAGGAAGUGAACCAACUGCUUCAUGCAUAAAUACUGGAUUUUCCUCAAUAUUUCCAAGAACUAUUGUCAAAAAUCUAGCUUCUCUGACAGUUUGUAAUUAUUUUAAGAAGACAAGUGGGGGAUCCCUGGGUGGCUCAGCGGUUUAGCACCUGCCUUUGGCCCAGGGCGUGAUCCUGGAGUCCCGGGAUCGAGUCCCAUGUCGGGCUCCCAACAUGAAGCCUGCUUCUCCCUCUGCCUGUGUCUCUGCCUCCCCCCCCCCGCCAUGUCUAUCAUGAAUAAAUAAAUAAAAUCUUUAAAAAAGUG